GCUGUGAGUGGGAGGCUGAACACAUUUCGCACCGACAGAGACGCACAGGUUUAUAACAGGCAGGUCAAUGAUGAUGCUGAUAAUGAUGAUAAUCGUUUAUAUUUCCGCUGGUUUAGGAGUAUUUGCGCUGAUAUUGCGGUUGCUGUCUUCACGAAUCCGGAAAUAUGCAGUAGGAGGAACAUGUCGAUCCACAGUACGGUUAGAUGGAAAGGUUGCCCUGAUCACAGGUGCAAACACAGGAAUCGGGAAGGAAACUGCUGUUGACUUGGCUUCUCGUGGUGCACGUGUGAUCUUGGCGUGCCGUGAUGUGCAGAAAGGAGAAGAGGCGGCGAUAGAGAUCCGUACACGAGUGGGUGGGGCUCAGGUGGAGGUGAGAGAGCUGGACUUGGCUGACACCUGCUCCAUCCGAGCUUUCGCUCAGAGAUUUCUACGAGAGGUUGAUCACCUGCAUAUUCUCAUCAAUAAUGCCGGUGUCAUGAUGUGUCCUUAUAUGAAAACUGCUGAUGGCUUUGAGAUGCACAUUGGGGUCAAUCAUCUGGGUCACUUCUUGUUGACAUAUCUUCUCAUCGGUCUAUUAAAGCGCAGCGCGCCAUCACGAAUUGUGGUCGUUUCCUCAUUCGGUCAUAAUUUUGGCUGGAUUCGAUUUCAUGACCUGCACAGUCAGGGCAGCUACAACAGCGGCCUUGCCUACUGCCAGAGCAAGUUGGCUAAUGUGCUUUUCGUACGUGAACUUGCACGCAGGCUCCAUGGAUCAAAUGUGACCGUGAAUUCUGUGCAUCCGGGCACAGUGAGGUCAGAACUGGUGCGACAUUCUACCAUGAUGUCGCUGCUGUUUGCUCUCUUCUCCAUGUUUUUGAAGACACCAAAGGAAGGAGCUCAGACAUCCAUCUAUUGCUCUGUCGCAGAGGAACUUCAGUCCAUCUCAGGCAAACAUUUCAGUGACUGUGCUCCUGCUUUUGUGGCUCCUCAGGGAAGGAGCGAAGAGACGGCAAGGAAACUAUGGGAUGCAAGCUGUGAAUUGUUAGGUAUUGAGUGGGACUGAGUCUUUCUUUUGACUUGUUGUUCAAGUCAAUCCACCCCUUUUCAUUGAUAUUUUUAGUGAUCGGAUUGUAAUUUUUUUGGUUUUGUUUGAAACACUUGUCUAACAUUUUCAGUUUCUGUUAAAGAGACACUCCACUUUUUUGAAAAUAUGCUCAUUUUCCAGCUCCCCUAGAGUUAAAGUUUUGGAAUCCAUUCAGCUGAUCUCCGGGUCUGGUGCUAGCACAAUUAGCAUAGCUUAGCACAAAAAUAGUCCCCUGCUAUUGAAAGUAACCAAGGGGACUAUUUUCGGGCAGUGCGUAAUAUCACUUUUGAUGUUACAUCAGCAAAGUCCUUGAUUAUUACGCCAGAAUGAGAGUAUAGUUCCUAGCAAUAUCUGCCUAGAAAAUCUCAACUUUUAAUUUUCUGUCGGUCUUAGUACACAAUGUAACUACAGAAGUGUCAAAUUUUAAAUAGGAAAAAUAUCCAAACUCUUUGGUUCAUUUUUGGCGCAAUGCUAAUGGUCUAAUCAGAUUCAAUGGAUUAUGCUAAGCUAUGCUAAAAGUGCUAGCACCAGACCUGGAGAUCAGCUGAAUGGAUUCCAAAACGGUAAGAAUCAAACAAUUAACUCUAGGGGAGCUGGAAAAUUGGCAUAUUUUAAAAAAAAGUGGAAUGUCCCUUUAAGUUUUAGUUUUACAGUACAACUAUCUUUUUCUGCCUUUUAAAUAUUUUUCUCCCAUUAUGCCAUUGUGACAAGUAUUAAUUGUUUUUAUUAUACCACAGGGCUGUUGAAUGCUUUAUUCUGAUAGGUUUAGAAAUGUUCCACGGGUAUGCAUUAUUUUUUGAUAAACGCACACCUGGCCUGUCAUAUGUCUUAAAGGUGCAGUGUGUACAUUUUAGCGGAAUCUAGUGUUGAGUUUGAGAAUUGCAACCAACGGCGUAGUCCACUGCUCACCCCUUGCUUUUGAAACACAUAGAGAAGCUACGGUAGCUGCCACCAGACAAACAUGUCAUCGUCAGAGACAACUUAGUAAAAAUUGUCCGUUAAGGGCUUCUGUAGAAAAAUGGUGGCACAAAAUGGCGCCUUCCAUGUAAGGGGACCCUCUUUGUGUGUAGAUAAAAAGGUCUCGUUCUAAGGUAAUAAACACAUAAUGGUUCAUUAUGAAAGGUCUUUGUACACCCCUGAUAAUAUAGUUUUGUAUAUUAUUUUGCAUUUCUGUCAAGAGAUCCUUCUAAAAAUUACACACUGCACCUUUAAAAUAACCACAAGAACAAUGUGUUAGCAAUGUCUGUGGUAAUCGUGGUAUAAGCAGAAUAAUUGACUCCUGUCCUUUGAAUUAUUCGAAAAUAAUUACCAUUACCACCUUGGGUGUGCAUUAUUUUUUAAUAAUUCAAAUGCCCGUCAUCAAUUAUUCCUUUUGUAUUUGAUUCUAGUAUUCUGACUGUUUUUAGUAUUUGAUUCUGAACUCCAUUCUAGUAUUUUUGCUUGUAUUUUAAACACCACUUUAAUUCUGCAUUCUUACACAAAACUGCACAGAAAUAUUUUAUACGGAGAACAUUUUAAAUACUGUGAUACAUUAAUGUCCAAAAAAAUGUUUAAAUAUAUACACUAGAAAAAAAUCUAUGAUUUCAGUUUUCUUCUUUGU